UCGGUCGCGCAUCGGGUGGCCGAGCCGAAGAAAACAUCGAAUUUUGACAGCUGUCGUGGUUUUGCGGCUCGCAUCUCUCUUUUUCCGUGUGGCCGAUGAUAUAGGACGCCAACAUGAAGCUGAACGUGUCGUAUCCCGCAACGGGAUGUCAGAAGCUCUUCGAGGUGGUGGAUGAGCACAAGCUCAGAAUCUUCUAUGAGAAGCGCAUGGGGGCCGAGAUCGAGGCCGAUGUGCUGGGCGAUGAGUGGAAGGGUUAUGUUCUCCGCAUCGCCGGAGGCAAUGACAAGCAGGGCUUCCCCAUGAAGCAGGGCGUGCUGACCAACGUGCGAGUCCGCUUGCUGCUGAAGAAGGGACACUCUUGCUACCGGCCGCGCCGCACUGGCGAGAGGAAGCGCAAGUCCGUGCGCGGAUGCAUCGUGGACGCCAACAUGAGCGUGCUGGCGCUGGUGGUGGUGCGCAAGGGUGAGAAGGACAUCCCUGGACUCACGGACAACCAAGUGCCACGCCGUCUGGGACCGAAGAGGGCCUCCAAGAUCCGCAAGCUGUACAAUCUCAGCAAGGAGGACGAUGUGCGCCAGUACGUCGUGCGUCGCCCGCUGCCCGCCAAGGAGGGCAAGAAGCCGCGCACCAAGGCGCCCAAGAUCCAGCGCCUCAUCACGCCAGUCGUGCUGCAGCGCAAGAGACAUCGCAUCGCGCUGAAGAAGAAGCGCUCCGCGCGUGGCAAGGAGCAGGCGGCCGAGUACGCCAAGCUGCUGGCUCAGCGCAGGAAGGAGGACAAGGUGAAGAAGGAGGAAGCCAAGAGGCGCCGCUCCGCCUCCCUCCGCGAGUCCAAAUCCUCCAGCAUCAGCGACAAGAAGUAAAGAGCGAGAGAGGACUUCAAUCCGGGAAUAAAAUAUACAAAACUCCUGAACUUUA